AUGGUUAGUAAUAGAGCAAUUAGCUGCAUAGCGUUCGGGAGAAAAGAGUCGCAGAAUCUGCUUAUUUCGGGCGGGUUCGAUGCAGUGAUUCGCGUGUGGAAUGUUCUUCAUGAAGAAUUGAUUUUGGAGCUGAGAAGACACAAAGCAAAGAUUCAAGCGCUGUUUGUAUCGGAGGACGGUUGUCUGCUUGCUUCUGCGGGAGAGGACGGCUUGGUGGUGGUGUGGGAUAUUCUUAGCGAUUUUUCUGUUUUGGCCGUGUAUCAAGCGAAUGAUGACUGUAAGACAGUGGAGAUUUGUGGGGAUCAAGUGAUUUGCGGGUGUUGUUCGGGUUGUGUGAUGAUAUGGCCACUUGUUACACAAUGCACCGACACUCACGCGAGUGGUGAUAUCUAG